UAAUAUAAAAUACAUAGAACAAUACAAGAUGGCACUCCUAAGUCAACAGAAUGAUCUACAGGCCAAUUUCUACACACAAUUGGUACAUAAUUCACUGCAGACAGCUACAUCUAAUUCGAUCCUCGGUCAUAUUAAGUCAGUACAUGAUCUUUCCACUCAAAUUGUAAGCGAAUUUGGUACUACAGAUAUAGCAAUUGGGGAUGCAACUGCGGAAAUAAUGAUAACGACGCUUGGUAAAAUUCCGAAUGAAAUGUAUUAUUUGGAAGAUACAACUGCCGGUAGGAAAAUUGGCGCUUACAGCACCGAGUCGCGCACGAUAAUGGAACACAGUCAUACCACCCUGGCUUCGAUCGAAACUGUCAAAUCCGACGAAUACUCCGAACGUUCGACGUUGCUAAUCAUUUUGCUAACCACACUCCUAAUUAUACUAUUUAUGUGUUGCGUCACAGCGUGUAUUAUCGCGAGAUCCAGGAGCAGGCACGCUUUUCUCGCGAAGAGCGACGUCGAGUGUAGUCCGGAUUGCGGAGGUGUAAACCAGCCUCUGCUAGACAAGGCUUCCGACGCGACCACCAGAACUAGCUCAACGAAAAACUGAAGAGGGCCCAUUUUUACGUCGAGCGUCUCGAAUAUUCCUCAACUUCACUGAAGAACCCGACAAAGUACCUCGCUUAACGUAUCUCGAGUAACUGUUCUUAACCUCAAAAUUGUUAUACAAAUUGUCGCGAGAUAUCUACGCACGAAAGCGAGGAACGCGUCCCUACGUCCGAUAGAAAGAUGAAAUCAGAAGGAAGGAGAAAAGGAAGAAGGAGAUGUGGAUGAGAAACAAACGAUUUUGUGACGAGGGGUGGCUUACCAGGUUU